GAGAUGUUUUUAGGCUGAACGAACAGUCAUUUUCUGAAAACUAUGGGAGCCAGAACGUGUAUUUACUUCCUGCUGCUGCUUGGAACCUUGAACUUGGCAGCCAGCUCAGAUCUCAACGAAAGGAUUCUGAAGAGUAUCACUGCCUACGUCAAUGCCACCGCCGAUCCCUGCGAUGACUUCUACCAGUAUAUCGGUGGAGACAAUCGAAAGAGCCAUAAGACACCUUACACAAAUCAAAUAGGUGAAAUCAGUGAAAGGUAUAUCCAGAGAUUAGUUCCGAUUUUUGAGGAUCUGCGUCAAAGAAAAUUCAUCGAUCCGCUAGGCGUAGAGGAAAAGUUGUGGCGUUUCUAUAAGAGUUGCGUAAGAUCCAUUAAUGCCACGGGAUCGGAACGCGCGUAUCUGAACCUGGUCCCUCCGGCAAAGAAACUCCAGUGGCCCCAGUUCUACCCCAGUAGCCGCGAGUGGCCGAGUGAUGACUUCAACUUCAUGACCACCUUGGCUAAUUUACGAAAUUUCGCCUUGAACGAUGUAUUUUUCAACGUACACGUUAUGGGAAAUUAUUAUCAUAAUAACCGCGAAGUGGUGACUAUUAAUGCGCCAGAAAUGAAUGAACUUUUUCCACUUCCCAGUGAGACUUCGCUGAAGGAACUUCUUAUCCGACUAGACUUUUCUCUCCUAAGAGCUACCUACCUUGCCAAAUCCAUCUGCCGCCUGGAUGGGGAACUACGCCAGUUGCCCCACUUAAUAGACUAUUUCCCGACGAUUCUAACUGUCGCCGAAAUGGAAGAUGAAGAAAAUGGCGGUCUAGAGUGGAGAAAAUUUCUGAAGGUCUAUCUAAACACACAUAUUCACCGAGAUCUUGAACUGCAAGUGUUUAACAUUGAGUACUUCAAGAGCUUAGGUCCUCUUUUGGAAAAAUACGAUAGCGAAGUUAUAGCCUCCUACAUCAUGGUUCGCUUUGUUCAGUUCAUGAAAAAUAUCGGUUAUUAUCCCACCGGGGACAACUCCUACGAUUGCAUAAACGUCGUGAGAUACCAAAUGCAAUAUGCUAUCAAGCUAUUAUACGAGGACCGAUACUUAGGAGACGGCGAACUAGAAAAAUACCAGUCAGAAAUUAAAAAAAUUGUUGAGGCUAUUGGAACCAAGCUCUUAAAAAAACUAGAGGAGAACCCCUUUCAGUUGAACGAAACGCAAAUUUCCGCCCUGCAACAAAAGAUCUUGUCUAUAGAAAUCAACCUGGACAGUAUGCCAACUACUGUGAGUCACCGCAGCUUCGUCAACGAUUUAUACGAUCAUCUCCAUCUUACUGAUGACGAAGACUAUCCCAUGGCUCAGUUAAAAGUCCUAAGAUCUUUUACGCUUAAUGAAACGGGAUCCACCCCUAUAGGAUCUUCUAGAUUUUCAAUCAACCCGAUCGAAAGAUACUACACCCAAUCAAUGUUUACAGAUUUUAACAAUGUUUUACACAUCGAGUCAUCACUCCUGCAAGACCCAUACUUUGUGCUCAAUAGCCAUGAUAUCUUCAAAAUGAGUUUUUUGGGCGUUAAUAUAGCAUGGCAUUUCAUUUUUGAAAUUUUUCCACCAGGAAUACAUUUUAACGAGAAGGGCAACAUCUACGAUUUGUUUGACAAUUUUGUAGAUUCUGUGCAUUAUAAUGAUGGCUUAGAGUGCGUUAAUAAAUCCCAGCCGGAAUAUCUACAUUGGACCAUAAAUCAUAUCAUAGCUGUACAACUCGCAUAUGACACCUAUUUUGACUCCGAUUCUAUAUUCAACCAGACGCAGCCUGAAUAUACUUCGAUUCCCCUGAAGCAGCUUUUCUUCCAAAACAGCGCUAAAUGGUUUGACGCAGCUCUUGAACCGACUCCCGAUGAAGUACCAGAAGCUAAGACUCUGAAGCUCAUUUUUGGAAAUACGAAAGCCUUUUCGGACGCCUUCAAGUGUCCCCAAACGGAAGAUGGUAUGAAUCCGAAAUGUAAAUUUCUUUAAUCUUAAGAAUAAAUAUGUAUCAAAUUAUAUAUAUUAUGAUUAAAAUAUUCAAAUAAAUACUGGGUAUACCUAACUCUUGA